AUAACAUUGUUAAAAAUAGUAAGAAUAUAGACAAGAACAAAUUUAGAUGUUGUAUUUCUAAAUGUGCACAUAUUUUGUUAAAGAUUGGUCAAGGUAGUUAUGGCGUUGUACACAAGGGAGCUUGGCGAACUGAUGCUCAAGAAUCAGAAAUUGAUGUGAAAGUUAUUAUUAAUCAUUCUAAGGACGAUGCCUUGGAAAAGAAUAUCUCUCGAGAAAUACAAAACCUCAAAAAAUGCAUCCAUCCGAAUAUUAUCUCACUAUAUGGAGUAUCUAAAGACAGUAACUACAUUUACCUAAUAUUUGAGUACGCGGACUGUGGGUCACUCUUCAAUUUUUUGCAUCGUACUAAUAAUGAUGUAUCAUUCAAGGAGAAGCUUAAUUGGAUGCUGCAAUUUGCCAAGGGUGUGGAAUACUUGCAUAGCAUAAACAUAGUUCACCGGGAUCUAAAGACGGAGAAUUUGUUACUUUUCAAUGAAUACCGUAAAUUGAAAAUAUGUGAUUUUGGUACAGUAAAAGAAUUGGCUACAUUGAAUACCGAACUUGUGGGGACAUUUUCUUAUAUGGCUCCAGAAGUUUGUAUCUCAAAAGGCAAAUACACAGAAAAGUGUGAUAUAUUUAGUUUUGGAAUAAUUCUUUGGGAAGUUAUGUCAAGAAAGAAGCCAUUUUACGAACUUAAGGACAUGAAUAUAUUAGGAAUCCAAAACAAAGUUGUUAGUGGUGCUCGGCCAAAAAUAAAUGACGUGAUUUUUUGCGAUAAGCUCGAUUACAUUGGACCAAUAAUUGAAAACUGCUGGGAUAACGUUCCAGAAAAUAGACCGACGAUCAAAGAACUGUAUGAUCUUCUCCCAAUUUAUCGUUUUUUUCCUCUAAAAUGCAAGAUCGUAAACUUCGACGACAUUCGACUUAUCGAAAUUAUUGGAUCUGGAAGCUAUGGUGUUGUCCACAGAGCAAAUUGGAAACCCUCCCAUGAUAAAGAGAAAUUAGUUGCCCUCAAAAUAUUGCACGGACGUAGUGAAGAUUCAAUAACAAAAAAGAUUAUACACUCAGUGGAGAUCCUUCGAGAAAUUCAGGAUAUACAAAAAUGUGUCCAUCCGAAUAUAAUCCCAUUAUAUGGGGUCUGUAAAGAUCCCAACAACAACCUUUGUUUAGUUGCUGAGUAUUCGGAAUGUGGAUCAGUUUACAAUUUCUUGCAUAUCAUGAAUUUCGUUCCCAACUUCUACAAACAAAUUGAUUGGCUGCGACAAUGGUCUUGA